UAUACAUACUCAAUGAAAAUGGCUGCUUCGCCUGUGAAGUUUACAUGCUUGCUGCUCUUACUGCUGUUUACAAGUGCAUGGCUCAACAGUGCACGUGCCCAUCCAACAGCUGUGGAAGUCGAUACUUUUUCAAGUGAAAGGAUAAUAGUGGAUGGCGAUGGAAUGGUCACGACCAGCAUUAAAAAGAUAGGAGGAAGAAAAGUGGUUCGAGCCCACAACAUCAAAAGGCCAGACAUUAAAGGCAAUGUAGCGCAUGGAGGGACCUCAAGGAUUUCGAGUGCAAAUGAUCAAGUGGUUGGAAAAUAUGGCUACGAAAGAGAGGUUAUGGAUAUAGGAAAUAAGCGAAACGGGGGUCGAUUUCCUGAAGGGGUUAAAGAGUCAGGUUUUGUAGCUUUUAAUGCUGAUUACCAUGAGCCUAGGCACCAUCCACCUAAAAAUAAUUGAGGGUGAUUUUAAAAAGUAGAACAUCAUUCUUAAGACAGUUCCUAAUCUAGACUCUUGUUUUCGAUCCUAUAUAUUGUCUGUUUUAUCCGUUUGUUUUCCAAC